AGGCAGCUGCCGAGCGGGAGGCGCCGGGAACGCGGACCAGCGUGCCCACCGGCCGGACCAGGGAUGGAGGCGAUGACAGCCAGCGCUCCCUUGCCUGACCCUGGCGAUUUUGACCGGAAUGUGCCCCGAAUCUGUGGGGUGUGCGGAGACCGAGCCACAGGCUUUCACUUCAAUGCUAUGACCUGCGAAGGCUGCAAAGGCUUCUUCAGGCGGAGCAUGAAGCGGAAGGCGCUGUUCACCUGUCCCUUUAACGGGGACUGUCGCAUCACCAAGGACAACCGCCGCCACUGCCAGGCCUGCCGGCUCAAGCGCUGCGUGGACAUUGGCAUGAUGAAGGAGUUCAUCCUGACAGAUGAGGAGGUGCAGCGGAAGCGAGAGAUGAUCCUGAAGCGGAAGGAGGAGGAAGCCCUGAGGGACAGUCUGCGGCCCAAGCUGUCUGAGGAGCAGCAGCAGAUCAUCGCCAUCCUGCUGGAUGCCCACCACAAGACCUACGACCCCACCUAUGCCGACUUCUCCCAGUUCCGGCCUCCAGUUCGUGGGGAAGGGGGUGGAGGAAGCCAUUCCUCGAGGCCCUCCUCCGUCCAAACGCCCAGCCUCUCUGGGGACUCAUCUUCGUCCUGCUCAGAUAACUACACAGCCUCUCUAGAUGUGAUGGAGCCAACCAGCUUUUCCAAUCUGGGUCUGAGGGAAGAAGACUCAGAUGACUCUUCUCUGACCCUUGACCUGUCCCAGCUCUCCAUGCUGCCCCAUCUGGCUGACCUGGUCAGUUACAGCAUCCAAAAGGUCAUCGGCUUCGCCAAGAUGAUUCCAGGGUUCAGAGACCUCACUUCUGACGACCAGAUCGUGCUGCUGAAGUCAAGUGCCAUCGAGGUCAUCAUGCUGCGCUCCAACCAGUCCUUCAUCAUGGACGACAUGUCCUGGACCUGUGGCAGCCCCGACUACAAGUACCGCAUCAGCGAUGUGACCAAAGCCGGACACAGCCUGGAGCUGAUUGAGCCCCUCAUCAAGUUCCAGGUAGGGCUGAAGAAGCUGAACUUGCACGAGGAGGAGCAUGUCCUGCUCAUGGCCAUCUGCAUUGUCUCCCCAGACCGUCCCGGGGUGCAGGAUGCUGCCCUGGUGGAGGCCAUCCAGGACCGCCUGUCCAACACACUGCAGACCUACAUCCGCUGCCGCCACCCGCCGCCGGGCAGCCACCUGCUCUACGCCAAGAUGAUCCAGAAGCUGGCCGACCUGCGUAGCCUCAAUGAGGAGCACUCUAAGCAGUACCGCUGUCUGUCCUUCCAGCCCGAGUGCAGCAUGAAGCUCACGCCCCUGGUGCUGGAAGUGUUUGGCAAUGAGAUCUCCUGACUAGGGUAGCCUGCCGGGGCUUCUGGGCGGGGCUGCUCCUCUGGGGCCUUGUGCCCCGGCCUGGGGCGUGCUACUGCCCGACACACCUUCCCACCCCCUCCGGAGUUCAGCCCCUCCUCUCCCACCUCCCUUGCCACCCAACCCAGCCUGUCUCCUGUCCGACCUAACACCAGGGCUCCCUUUCCUGCCAGCCGCAGGCUGCCCCCCAGUCCUGUAAGACCUCAGUGAUGGGUUGCUGUUUGUUUGAUAAAGAAACUCAAGUAGGGGAGCGGGGACAGAUGUUAAGGGUGGGGCCUUGCCCAGGAAUGGCCCUACGGAUCCAAAAUCACUGCUGGCGGAUGCUGAGUGGAACAGUGAGGCAGGAGAAACACACCCAUUCCUCAGGGACAGAGUUACCUGUACCUCCCCCCACUCCAGGCCUGAAUGUCUAGAGCCAAGUGGGGAUCUCCUUCCCCCUGCUUCCCCCACGAUGAAUAACUAGACACAAACCCUCUCCCACCCUCCAACCCGGUCCCAUCCUGCUGCCCAUCUGCGCUGUUUAGUCCCAGGGCAGUGUGCCAUGAUGGAGCCUUCUCCCCUUGCUUCUCAGCCCUGGCCUAUCUAGGAUACUCACUGCCAAGGAUGGUCAAAAACAAGGUGACAAAGGUCACAAAUCCUCCCUCACCCACCUCUGCUGGCCAAAGAGCCCUCCCCUAACACGUCAGUGCCCACUUCAUCCCAUUGAUAUGGUAACAUUCUUCCCAGAAGUUGCUCCUGGUGGGCCUUCUCCACAUGGCAGGGACCACUAGCCCAGACCCCACCCGCUGAGAAGCCCAAGGAGGGGUGAGAGCAGGGCCUAGGAACUGAGGGACAGGCAAACCCAGCCUUACAGAAGAGUGGUAGAUGGUGGCCACGGCUGUCCCUGUCUCCAAGCCCAGGGCUCCUUGCCCUGGAUCUAAGAGGUUGGUGGAGACCAGAGCUCUCCUUCCAAUGAUCUACGUGGCAAGAGUGAGUUGCCCCCAGGUUGCAAAGAAAUGCCCAACAGCAUCUUCAUCCUCCCCCUGCCAGUCCCUUACCUCCUGUUCAGGAAGGAGAACCUUGGCCAUGGGUGCUGGUGGGGCCUCACCCUAGGAUGGUGGAGGGUGAUCCUGAGAUGGGCAUAUUCUCCCAACUCCGCCGCCGUCUGGAGAAGCCGUGCCACUCUGCUUACCUGUGGUGCCAGCUCUUUCCCACCUGGCAAGGAGGGAUGGAAGAGAAGAACCUCAGACCCCCAUAGGCUCCCCAUGCCCUCCCAGGGGGCCCAUCUAGGUGUAGUUCCGAGACUGCCGUCCCCCUGAGACCGGGAGCUAGUGCUCCAACACCUCACUGUGGGUGGUGGGAGAGCAGUCUGGCCUCGGAUGGCUAGGCCAAGGGAGCAUCUAGGGUGGGGUCAUGUGGGGUUGCCCUUCCUAUUCUCACUCCAGCACCCCGAAUCCAGAAGGGAUGGGGGCCACUGACCUUGAAACUCCAUUUAUUUUCCCUGCUAUAGCUGGCCCAACCAGGGAGGUGGGAACACUCACUCUGUUUCCUCUGGGGUGGGGUCCCCGGGUGAGUGAGAUGUAGGUGUGUGGGACUGCUGCGGAGGGGCCCCCUCAGGGGUCGGAGAGGGUCCCGCAGAUUGUUGCUUGAGUGUGGGGAAUGCGGCUACAUUCGGUGCCUCUCUGGGGAGGAGUUCCUGUCAGCCUCUACCCUCCUGCACUGUUCCCAGAAAGCCCCCAGGGAGCAGGGAGACUUCCACAGGGAGCACUAUCUGUGUCCACCGGGUCCGGGCUCCUUCUGGUGGAGAAACCUCUGACAGCCAUGUUUCUCAUGGCCCAGGGCCUCCAGUGUGGCCGAGGCCGAUAUUUAUUAGCCAGAAGUUGUUUUCACAAUCAGAUUCCAUCUUGCACCACAUUCCAGUGUAGCAGGGAGUCCUUUCCUAUGACCAAUGAAGAGAAAACUUACAUUGUAAACAAAUUCUGUACAUCA